UGAUGCAUUCCAGUUGUCGUCGUUGUUGUUGUUUCAUUCGGUUGAUAGGACUCGGUAAUUUUAAAUCAUAGUUUAGAUACUAAAGCAAUCCUAAUGGAAUCUUCGAUUACUUUAAUUUUACUCGCGCAAAUGACCACUUCAAUGGGUAUGCGAUCCUCCGAGAACGUUUGAAUGGAUCUUCUUUUUCUACCUGGGGCGUUCUGGAUUGUGCAACCACGAGACGCAGAAUCAGUAAGUGGAGGAGCGGCACAGAAGUCAAUAGAGUGCAAAUCCGAUUCAAGUUUCGCCCCUAGGCAAAAAAAACUCUACUUUGGUGCCAUCGUAAAGGCGCAUUCUACUUACAAACGCAUAUUAUUGUAAAGUUCGUUUCAACAAUCCUGUGCCCCUACCCCCUGCACCCUGCUAACCGCCCAAUGCCCCUGCCCCAUGUGCCAUGAGCCAAAGUUCAACGUAAUUGCGUUCAAAAGUGCGUGUACUUGAGAAUUUUUUAUAUUUCUGCUUUAUGCCGUGAGUGUUACUCUAUUGUUGUCGGCUUUUCGCCGUUGCAAAUAUGUUUUGAAAGCAAAGUCAUGCUGGAUCACAAUAGCCGGGGAACUACAUUCAUAUAGGUACAUACAUACAUGUGUACAUAUGUAUGGGCCCAGACCUUUCUAAUGCUCAAAAAUUAGUUUUCUGAAGUGGCUGUUAUUACUUUGUGUGGAUAGGCCAAAUUGAUAUGCCUCAGUUGGUAAUGAAGUGAGUGGAAAGAUAUUUUGAAAGAGUUUAGGUUGUGGGGGGCCUAAAAUGAAAGAGGGAAAGGUGAAUGAAAUUAAAAGUAUUUCAAAAUGUUUCCUUAUGUGCAAGAUGGCCACAGGCCAAGUUGCAUUUCAACAAGUACAUUCCACAAAGGCUUUUGGGCUCAAUGGAGAAGCAUUGAUCGGUUUCAAACUAUUAACCACACCCUGUCCUUUAUUGCUUAAACUUAGGAUAUGAAAUACUUUGUGUAUCACCACCCAUUCCUUAAAGGUUAUAAAACGGCCUCAAACUUACUCCAAGACAAAGCUUUCAAUUUCUCGGUUGGAUUACAUUUGCACUUCAUUCCGUACAACGUUGUAAUGCAAGUCGGUCAGUUUGCUUGACCCGCCUUCCUCUGAAUAACCCCUUUGAAACAGCCUCCGCUCCCCAAUUACAAGCAAUAAUAAUUUUAAUUAAAUGCACCGAGACCAAGGCAGUUGACCAAAACAAAGGCAAGCAAACAAAGAGACAGCCCAGCCAUGGAAAUGAAUCCCGAAAUGAGUUGCAAACAAAUUACGCCGCAGAAAUGGGCUCCAGCGGUGACAAAUUACAAGGAAACAACCCGGUGGCGAUGAGAAAUGACUACAGGCGGGCGGAGGAGCGCCGUGGUGAAUGUCAGACAGGGACGGAGACAGCCGAGCGGUGUGCGAGCGGGAGGGCGACUUACAACCAGUGCUGCCAACUCAGCUCAUUUCGUACGGUGUGCAGAGAAGAAAUGAUAUAUUUUGUAAGCAAGAAAUACAGCAACAAAAAUAAAUCAACAAAAUGUCGAACAAAAUAUACUGGGAGCCCGCAAAGGCUUUCCGCCCGGAAAUCGAGAAGUCGAAAAUAAAUAUCUGGCACCGGUCAUUUAAACCGACUUACGAGCAGGAGGAGCCCCAAAUGGCACUGCUUCUAUCCUGGCACUACGGUCGCCAGUGGGUGGAGGAGCGUGAUAUGCACAAGAAGGAGACCAAGGUGAAGAUGAUGAAGGAGGUCAAAUUCAUUCCACCCAACUAUACCAGUUGGCUUGAGAAGCGGAGGCCCAAAAGGACUAAGCAACAGCUGCUCAGAUCUUGAUGUUUUAUUUGUGUUGAUUAAGUUGUCCAGUUUUUGAAUAUGAACUUUUGUAAAAAUUGUUUAUUAAUUAAUGGUCACGUUCUGGCUUUCUUUAUAAAAUUUGUAUCUAAAUGUAUGAAAAUAAU